UUGUCUUUUAUGCAGCCCUAACAUCACUAACAUUAAUGUAUUAGUUAAGCUGCUGGCAAAAAACGUAGAAAGUUUAACUUUCAUCGCAAAUAUUAAUUUCGAUCAGGCGCGACAAGGCACACGCGGAAGUCAGCAGCACGGGAGUGGACGCUCUGUACUGCGUGAGUUUUGCAGUUUCAUCUGAUAUUAGAAAAACCCACGGCACCAGUGAUCUCGCAACAAUGGCUCACCUCCCUGCGCUCUUCAAGUAUGUGGAUGACAACCAGGAUCUCUAUGUCAAGCGCCUUGCUGACUGGGUGGCAGUCCAGAGCGUGUCUGCUUGGCCAGAGAAGCGCGGGGAGAUCAAGACGAUGAUGGAGAUGGCCGCUAAGGACAUUGAGAGGCUGGGGGGGUCGGUGGAAAUGGUGGACAUCGGCACACAGAAGCUUCCGUCUGGAGAGGAGAUCCCUUUGCCCCCCAUCAUCUUGGGACGUUUGGGAUCAGACCCAGGCAAGAAGACGGUGUGUAUCUACGGCCACCUUGAUGUUCAGCCAGCAAAUAUUGAUGAUGGCUGGGACACAGAGCCCUUCACUCUGGUGGAAAAAGAUGGAAAACUGUACGGCCGAGGCUCUACAGAUGAUAAAGGUCCAGUUUUGGCCUGGUUCAACUGCAUCGAAGCCUACCAGAAGAUCCAGCAGGAACUUCCCAUCAACAUUAAAUUCUGCUUCGAGGGGAUGGAGGAGUCUGGCUCCGAAGGGCUGGACGACCUGAUUUUUGCACGCAAGGACGGCUUCUUCAAAGAUGUGGACUACGUCUGCAUCUCUGACAACUACUGGCUGGGCAAGAACAAACCCUGCAUCACCUACGGCCUGAGAGGAAUCUGCUAUUUCUUCAUUGAGGUGGACGGCUGCGAGAAGGACCUGCACUCAGGCGUGUUUGGUGGCUCAGUGCACGAAGCCAUGACAGACCUGAUCACACUGAUGGGUUGUCUUGUGGACAAAAGAGGGAAGAUCCAGAUUCCUGACAUUUGCAGGAAUGUGGCUCCUCUGACGGUUGAGGAGAAAAAGCUGUAUGAGAACAUCGACUUUGAUUUGGGGGAAUAUCGCAAAGAUGUCGGCGUAGGGAAGCUCCUGCAUGACAGCAAGGAAGACAUUCUCAUGCACCGCUGGAGAUACCCAUCUCUGUCUCUGCAUGGCAUUGAGGGGGCCUUCUCUGAUGGCGGGGCCAAGACGGUUAUCCCCCGCAAGGUCAUCGGCAAAUUCUCCAUCCGCCUGGUGCCUGACAUGGACCCCAAAGUUGUGGAGAAGCUUGUGAUUGACCAUCUGAAUAAGAAGUUCUCUGAACUGGGGAGCCCCAACAAACUGAAGGUGUAUAUGGGUCACGGGGCCAAAGCCUGGGUCUCUGAUUUUAACCAUCCCCAUUACUUGGCCGGUCGGAAAGCCAUGAAGACGGUGUUUGGGGUGGAACCUGACCUGACACGCGAAGGGGGGAGCAUUCCAGUCACCUUGACCUUCCAGGAAGCCACGGGACGCAACGUCAUGCUGCUGCCUGUGGGGUCGUCCGAUGACGGCGCCCACUCACAGAACGAGAAAAUAAACAGAUCAAAUUACAUUCAAGGAACAAAGAUGCUGGGGGCCUACUUCCAUGAGGUGUCUCUGCUGGAGUGAAGAAAAGUCUGAGAAGUUUAGCAAUGUUUAAGAUUCUCAUCCUCUGUUUGAAGUCACAGAUGUGCCCCAUCUAAAAGUACAAUAACCUCUGCUUCUUGUCAUGCAUACUGCCACCCAAUAAAAGAUGCAUUUCUUA